ACGGUUUGCCUCCACCUACUGGUCAGGUGUGUCAGCUCUGUGUUUGCAGGUGGGCGUGGCAUCCGUCACAGCUGUUGGGAGUUUCCACUAAUCGGAGGUUCAGAGGAUUUAAGGAGUGGUGUGACUCAACCCCAGUGCCGUAUCCUGUUCUGCACCACCUACCUUGCCUGGAGUUGUCUCACGUCCCACCAUUCAAGGAUCCUCUGGCCUCCUUUCUCCACACCUGCCUGCCUGCCCACGCUCAGAACCACCUCACCCAUUCCAGCCUCUCCCAGUUCGCCUCCGCUCAAAUCCUGGCUGUGGACCGUAAGAACUUUCAGAUACGGAUUCAUAUUCUCCUGGUUCUCUGGCUCUGGCCUCGCUCACCUUUUUUUUGUCUUCGUAGAUUCUGGUUCCAUCCUGUUCCUGUUUUCAGAAGCAGCGCCUUUAGUUCUAAAUUUUUUCCUUUUCUCCUUUAAAAUAAAACAUUUGUAUUUUUACUUACCUCUUCUCAUGUGAUUCUUCAUGUCCUGGGUGAAGUACAUUACCCACAACAUGACAGAAUCAACCGGCCAAACGAACACCCUCACUGAAGAAUCACUCCCCGCAGCUCUAGCAAACACCUUAUCCCAGCAUGACGGUUCCAUCCGUUCAGCCCUUGAUCAGUUGUCAGUUAUUAAUCAAUGUUUAUUCCAGCUUUACACCGUCAUACGACAGGUAAGCAAGAGACUUACACCGCCUCCUGCCGCUACUUCUGUAGCUUCGCCUCCAGCUUCGCUUCCGGUUCAGCAACAUGGGGUCAGUUUCCGGGUUACUGAAUCACCUCAACCAGAAACGUUCUCCGGCGAACCAGGUAAAUGCCGCUGUUUUCUGCUACUCUGUCAGUUGGCUUUUGAUAGAUUACCUGACACUUUUGUUAAUGAUGCAGUAAAGAUUUCCUACAUCAUUGGGCUGUUACGAGGUAGAGCCCUACAAUGGGCCGAGGCUAGGAGUCGGCAAGCUAGUUUUUUUACAGGGACUGCUCCCAACGUUCCUAGCCAAAUUCAAACAACUCUUUGAUCAGUUUGAAUCACCAGCAGAAAUAGAUAAACAAAUAUGGGGCCUCCAGCAAGGUAAACAAUCGGUUUUAGAAUUCGCCAUCGAAUUUCGCACUCUUGCAUCCAUUUCCACAUUAGAUGAGCCUUCCCUUAGGGCCGCCUUUUCUCAGGCACUUAAUGAUAGAAUCAAGGAUCAAUUAGCAUUUUGCCAAGAACCGGAGAACCUUGAGUCCCUGGUCCAGCUAGCCACUUACACUGAGAAAUGCCUCAAGGAGAGACACAAAAUGCAGACCUUCAGACCAUCCCCUGUUGCUGCCCCACCGCAACGAUCUCACCACGCCCACCAACAACACUCCCCUCCAGUUCACCUCGAGGAACCUAUGCAAAUUGGACGAGCGCAAUUAACCCCUGAGGAGAAUGCUAGACGCCGUUCCCUAGGUCUCUGCUUGUACUGUGGUCAGCCGGGUCACUUGCUGCAAAAUCGUCCUCUCUCUCUCUCUCUCUCUCUCUCUCUCUCUCUCUCUCUCUCUCUCUCUCUCUCUCUCUCUCUCUGUCUCUCUCUCUGUCUCUCUCUCUGUCUCUCUCUCUCUCUCUCUCUCUCUGCAUGUAUUCAUGCACUUAAAUAUUAAUGUUAUGAUUUUAUUGAAACAAUUGUUCUGUAAAAGUUUCUUUACUAUUGUGAUCAAAAAUAUUUAAUCUCAAUUCUGAGGCUGCUCUGUAAAUAGUUUUCAAAUAAACAAUACACAUAGCAACUUCUGAUCAAUCCAUAUCAAUUUCAGACUUAAAAAAAUGUAUUGAUGUAAGCCACACCCACUUCCAGUUAAACCACACCCACUUCCGGGUUAGGCCACGUCCACUCCGAGUACAGACAGAUACAGAUCAUUUAGGUGGUUGAACAGAUACAGAUACAGAUAGUGGUGUACUCGCUUAUCCUUUUGUUUCAUAGCUUAUUGCCACACGUGUGUUGCUGCUGUGAGCUUGGAGCUAGAUUACAUCAUGACAUCAUGAAGGCAGCUACUGAUUCUGGUCCUGUGACACUUGGUGACAUGACACUCAGCAAAAUAUGGACACUACAUCAUGAGGCAGGCACACGUCAAGAUUCUAUAAGAGCACAUAAGCCUGGCUGAUCAACUGAUAACUCCUGUCAUCUGGCUAUAAGAGCAAGGAUGUCCUCACACACCUGUAACCUAUCAGCUCAUCUGGCAGAAUAGAGACAUCUCUGUUCCUGGAAAGUCUUCAGCCAUCCUUCGAUGAAUGAGAACCUCCACCAGCUCUGUCUCCUGUCUGCCUACAAUUAUUAUAAUAAAUGCUGAAUGUGUUUAACAAGUUCUCUGUGCUGCCAAAAUGUCUUUUUUAAUUCCCGUUUUGUUUACAUUUUAAUGGAUAUUUAUAAAUUACAUUUAACAAUAAAUAGUAAUUUAUAUUUAUUACUACUGUCAAGCAAUCAAGUCUUAUUAAAUUUACUUUAGAUAAAACAUUCAUUGGUCUAUGAUUGUAAUUAAUCUGUAAAGUGAAAAGAUCUUUGUACAAAACAGAAUAUGAUUCUUUUAUUAAGGUUCAAAAGUCCAGUCUUCUCCAGGGGCCUCAUUUAUCAGCCUUACUUACGAACAGAUCAGUGCGUAUAUCGUGCGUAGGAACUAUUUUAUGCAUUGUGUGGUAUUCAUCAUUUUGUACCUUUGCGUGGAAAUGUUCCUAAAUUGUAAUUUUUUGUUAUUUUUAUAAAAUUCCUAGUUGUAGAACAGGGGGACCGCAACACUGGAGGUCUCAGUCAUCCACAUAGGUUCCUCAUUCACAAAUGAUUUCACUCAAUAAAUAAAUAUUACAGUGGAAAAACAGUUGUGUCACAUAACUGGUGCUAAAACAACCGACAGGAAUCUGACAUUGGAGAAUGGUUGUUGUGUUUUUGGUAAUCACAAUUUUUUCUCUUUCCAUUUUUAUUAAGUUUUUAAUCAUUUUUAAUUAAUUAGUAUUAUUUAUAAUAAAAUUUAAUUAUUUUGUAUUGUUGUCCUUACAAAACAGCUUGUGAUUUUACUUGAGAUGCGUUAGAUAAAAGAACAUUUCUACAAUAUUCUUAAGGAUUUGUCAGAGCGUGCUCUCUGGAGUAAACGCGUAUCUGUGAGCGCACUGACAGGAGAUCUUUCUGGAGCUAUACUAGGAUUUGGUUCUCCAGUACCCCCUCCAGGGACUCUUAAAAGGGUGGGUAGUCUGAACUGUAGUUGCAUAAGUGCAAACCUCAGUCAGGACCCCCCCCCCCCCCCCACACACACACACACACACACACAUAGGUGGAGGGAGGCUAACCACAAAUUACAGGCACCAAGAUGUGGGGUAGCAUGGUUGAUUUACUUUGUACCUUUAUUAUUUUCUCGAUGUUCAUAUUUCACUAGAGUUGAUAUCAUUAUUUUAUAUUAUUAUGUAUGUAAUCAUGCUGACCAAUGCAAAAUUAUUCAAAUGUUGCAUUAUAUUUAUGACAUUGUGUUGGGAUUCAUUUAUCUGACUAUAUAAUGCUAUUUAAUAUAUUAAAUUUUUUUUUCAUUCUCAUAUUAAACUGUAAAAAUGGUCGUAUAAAUCAGGGAAAAUGCUUUAAAAAAUUAGGUACAUUCAAAAUUCUGAGAUGUUUGUAAGAAAAUUUUUAUUUAGCUUACUGAGAAUGUAUUCUACUUUUAUUCAAUCUUUGAUAUCCAAAACAAAUUCCAUCUAAUUUUGGAGGAAAGCAAAGACAGGACUGCUUUCAUUAGAGCAGUAGUUCCCAAAUUGGGGUCUGGGACCCCUAAGGAGGUACCCACAUUUUUGUCUGUGCUAAGGCUGCAAGGCUAGCAAGAUUUUAUUUGCAAAAAUUACAUUUACAAAAUACCAACUACAUGCCCUACAGUUUAACCAAACCUCUACAUAAAAGUACAAUUCUGAAUGUCUGUAUAAUGUUUGUAAAUGUGUGUAUGCAUGUACAAAUUGGGGUCGGGGGUUCUUUCUCAUCUUGGACACAGGCAAGGGGUCAUCCAAAAAAAAACUGGGCAACACUACUUUAGACCAUACAGAUGGUAGACAACACAAUGAAAAUGCUUAAAUCAACUGGAUUUUUUGCUAAAUUGUAAAAUUAUAAGUUUGUGAGCAAUAAUCCAAACAAAAUAUUUGAUGGUAUAUUUAUGUACUUCCUUGAUGUAAUGCAAAAUAACAACAAGAAGAAAACACAAAGUAGACUUCUGGGCUGAGUAAAUGAAUGGUUUAAUCUACUCUGAGUUUGUCACCAGUGGGCAGGUUGAGUUUGGAUCAUUUCCCAAGGCUGCUGAUCCUCUCAGCCAGGUAAUAAAUCAUUUCCUAGAUUAAAUUCUGCACCCUGGUGCCAGACAGAACUCAUGUCUCAGUUCCUAAAUGUACUCUCCAGUUCAAAAAUGCAUCUGCAUUUUGACAUUUGCAAUAAAUCCUUCACCUUUUAAUGUAAGAAAUACAAAAUCUUAAGCUUUUUUUUGAGUGGUGGAUUAAAUGUUAUACAUUUGCAUAUAAAAACAAUGAUGUAAAUCUCCAGGUGUGGUUUGCAACUAUGAGCACUUAGACAAACUGAGUGUGCAUAGUUUUUAUGGAGAGUGGAGACGUUGCAAAUUUACGGGAUUAGGAAAAGCAUGGCUGGCUCACGUGAAUUUAAAUCUCUCAAACUUAACCAAUUAACAGCAUGUCUCAGAGACAAGAUGGAACCUGGAUGAGCUGCUGUUGUGAGCAGGUGAAAAAUGGAGAACCAUCUCUAAAAGACUAAUGUUGCCUGCUACUGAGCUUCAGUGAUCCUGUCACACCCAGGAAAUCCCUCACUAAUCCCCAACCCCAGGGCCAAUCCCACAGGUCACCUGGACUGUGGUUGGAUCCUCAGCCUGAGUCCUGUUUCUUAUGGACUUUACAGACUCUUUUCAUUACUCUCACUUUCCAUUUAAUUUCUGGAAAGAAUUCUUCUGGCUUUCAGUGAUUACAUAUGUCUUUUUUCCUGAUAUCUCCAGGAUAUGAGCUUUUUGGGUGCAUCGGUUGACAUCAUGCAUCAACUUCUCUGUCUUCAUGUAUUCUUGUGCUGCUUCGGUACAGCUGUCGCCUUCUGUCCGUCCCAGUGUACUUGUGUCUUCCAUGGACGUACAGAUGGACCAGGAACAAGAUCUGUGCUCUGCAAUGACCCAGACAUGUCUGACAUCCCUGUUAACGUCCCCGUCGAUACAAUCAAACUUCGUGUAGAGAAAACUGCGGUGCGCCGAAUCCCAACAGAAGCUUUCUACUAUCUGGUGGAGCUACGAUACCUCUGGAUUACUUACAAUUCUGUCACCUCAGUGGAUACAGGAAGCUUUUACAACCUAAAAGUGCUCCAUGAGUUGAGAUUGGAUGGAAAUAUGAUUUCUGUUUUCCCUUGGGAGUCCCUUAAAGAAAUGCCAAGACUGAGGACACUGGAUCUUCACAACAACAGACUCACUAAUGUUCCCAUUGAGGCAAUCCCCCACCUCCUAAACAUCACCUACUUGGACCUGUCCAGCAACAAAUUAACCACCCUGCCCUCUGAUCUAAUGGAUAUCUGGCCACCGUUUAAUGGUGUUCCAACCACCUCUAAUGCCUCUCAAAAAGUUGUGUUAGGCCUUCAGGACAACCCAUGGUUUUGUAACUGUAAAAUCUCCAAGCUGAUUGAGAUGUCCAAAAUGGCCGACACACCUGUGGUUUUGAUGGAUCUAUUCUUGACGUGUGCAGCACCGGAAAAUUUGUCAGGCGUCUUGUUUCAGCGUGCCGAGCUUGAAAACUGUGUGAAACCAUCUGUGAUGACGUCUGCAACAAAGAUAACAUCCGCUUUGGGCAGUAAUGUUCUCUUACGAUGUGAUGCCACAGGAGCACCUACACCAGUUCUUUACUGGGCAAAGUCAGAUGGCUCACCGGUCAAUAACACAAUUCAGGAGUCACCUGGGGAAGGCAUAAAGUGGUCCAUCAUGAGCUUGCAUGGGAUAGAGUUCAAAGAUGCAGGUGACUACAGCUGCAAAGCAAAGAAUGAUGCUGGCACUGCAAAAGCAACCAUUUCUCUAUCAGUAGCAGGGACCAUCAUCACCACUGCCCCACCAAUACGGUUCGGUGGCGGAACUCGACCAACUCCAGACACAACGCUCACUUCCCCAAGUGAUAUUUCGAAUACACCAUUCAUCAUGACCACAGUCUUACCAAGAUUUUCCACUGUUUCUGCCGUCCAGAAGCCCCCCAACUCAGCCUCUGGCAGUGAUUUACAGAAGGGCUCUCUGAAGCUAAUUAAAAAUCAACAAGGGAGUAAUGGGAAAAAACUUGCAGCAGAUGAGAAGAGCAGGAAAAGCGAUGCAUCACAAUCUAUUAACAACUUACAGAUCAUAGAGGAAACAGCUGACAGUGCAGUGCUGCUGUGGACUGCAGGUGGAUUACUAAACGAUGCUCCACUUACAGUUGUGUAUUCACCAUACGGUGAACAGGAUGACACCAAAAGGACGGUGGAAACCAAAGCUGGGAGGGGAAAAGUGCUCCUUGAUGGGCUUUCACCUGGAAUGAGGUACUCGGUUUGUUUAGUAGCAAAAGGAAGUUCAGCUGGGAAGGACCCUUGCAUUGAUUUCUACACCGAAGACAGUGGUCAAAACCAGCUGUUCUUGAUCGUAAGUGGUAUAGCCUGUGCUUUGGCUCUGCCUCUUAUUGCUCUGCUGGUCUACAAGAUUAUUGCUCUUUACUGCAAAGGGCAGAACUCUGCCUUGGAUGAACAGGAGCUAGAAAAAGAGAGUUAUGUCAAAUUUGAGACAAUUACAAUGAAACAAAGAACUUUAAACCCAAAUCCUACUGAGCUAUGGGCAAGAAGACCAACUAAUGAAUCAGAGCGAUUGUUGCUGUGUUCCCGGUCGAGCAUCGACUCCCAGAUGACCUAUAAGAGUGAUAGUUCGAGGUCUGAAUAUCUGUGCUGACUUCAAAAUGUAUGGCCUAUACAUUAACACUUUUGUAGUAAAGCUGCCUUUCUGAACACUGGAGAAACCCUAACUAUUUGUCAACAUGAACAUUUUCUAGUACCGGGCCAACAGCAGUGAUUCUGACAGAACUAUUGUUUUAAAGUAUUUAUAAGACUAUUUUGAAAAGUGUCAACAUAAAACACUCUGACGAAAUUUGUUAGUUUCCAAGGUAAUGUUUUCAUGCUUGUCAUGUUCAUCAGCCUUACAUUUAAUACUGAAAUGGCUUUUGCUGUACGGCUUGAUUUCAAAUGGUUCUGUACAAAACACACUUCAGUAAAAGAUCACAUGUUUCAUGCUGUUUUCAUGCCAAAGCUACAAAGUGUCAGAAAUGAAUAUUGUUGGGUUUUUUUCAGAGAAGAACCAGAAUAUUCCUCUUCUUUUUCACAGUGUUUUUGCUUUAAGGACCAAGAAAACUGUUGCCUUAUUAGAUAUGAAAUAUACUGUCUUUGUGUUUGAUAGAAUACAGCAGGUGGCUCAUUUGGCAAAUGUUGCCACCCAAUGUGAUUAUUUGUAAAUACAUGUCUUUAUUUGUUUAAAAUAUGAAUUCAUUUCAACAUUUGUGAACUUAUUGCAUGCUUUCUCAACAUAAAACAUUUAUUUUGUAAAAACUUUUCAGGAUUUCAACAAGCAUUCUGGAACAGCCUCUGAUUAGAAAACUAGUGUUUGUGUACAAGGCAAGGGCUAGUCUGAGAUGGAAGUGCUUAUUACUAACUGCAGUCUUACAGGAAUUUCUGGCCAUUCUUCUACACCUACUAUCUAUUCUAGCUUCCAUGGCGGCCUCUGUACCAGAACUAAGAGCUUGCCUGACUGUACCAAACCCAAAUUUUAUCCCCAUCCUUCAACAGCUCCAAAAUUUUAAUUUGCAUAGCAGGACAUGCAAGCAGUGCAUUAUGCAUUUUACUCCACUGU